GGCUCAGAGCGCUCGGGGCGAGGAGAGCAGCCGGGUGCCGGGGGGGCCGGCGGCCAGGCGCGCAGAGGGGACUCGGGGCCGACCGGGGCACUGCAGUCCGUGGCGUCGGGGCCGCGCGGCCCUAGUCCUCGCGCGUUGCUCGCACCGGUUCUCUGCGCCCAGGGCGCACGGCGGGGAGGGACGCAGCACCCGCUGCCGGGCAGCCAUGGAGCCGGCCCCCUCCGCCGACGCCGUGCUGCAGCCCCUGCUCCUCGCCAACGCUUCGGACGCCUUCCCCAGCGCCUUCCCCAGCGCCAAUGCGUCGGGGCCGCCGGCCACCCGGAGCGCCUCGUCCCUCGCUCUGGCCAUCGCCAUCACCGCGCUCUACUCGGCCGUGUGCGCUGUGGGGCUGCUGGGCAACGUGCUGGUCAUGUUCGGUAUCGUACGGUACACUAAGAUGAAGACAGCCACCAACAUCUACAUCUUCAACCUGGCCUUGGCGGAUGCACUGGCCACCAGCACGUUGCCCUUCCAGAGUGCUAAGUACCUGAUGGAGACAUGGCCCUUUGGGGAGCUGCUCUGUAAGGCUGUGCUCUCCAUCGACUACUACAACAUGUUCACCAGCAUCUUCACCCUCACCAUGAUGAGCGUUGACCGCUACAUUGCUGUCUGCCACCCUGUCAAGGCCCUGGACUUCCGCACGCCCGCCAAGGCCAAGCUGAUCAACAUCUGCAUCUGGGUCCUGGCCUCGGGUGUGGGUGUCCCCAUCAUGGUCAUGGCUGUGACCCGCCCCCGGGACGGGGCCGUGGUGUGCAUGCUCCAGUUCCCCAGCCCCAGCUGGUACUGGGAUACCGUGACCAAGAUCUGCGUGUUCCUCUUCGCCUUCGUCGUGCCCAUCCUCAUCAUCACCGUGUGCUACGGCCUGAUGCUGCUGCGCCUGCGCAGUGUGCGCCUCUUGUCGGGCUCCAAGGAGAAGGACCGCAGCCUGCGGCGCAUCACGCGCAUGGUGCUGGUGGUGGUGGGCGCCUUCGUGGUGUGCUGGGCGCCCAUCCACAUCUUCGUCAUCGUCUGGACGCUGGUGGACAUCGACCGUCGCGACCCGCUGGUGGUGGCCGCGCUGCACCUGUGCAUCGCGCUCGGCUACGCCAAUAGCAGCCUCAAUCCCGUGCUCUACGCCUUCCUCGACGAGAACUUCAAGCGCUGCUUCCGCCAGCUCUGCCGCACGCCCUGCGGCCGCCCGGAGCCCGGCAGCUUCAGCCGCGCCCGCGAGACCACGGCCCGGGAACGGGUCACCGCCUGCACCCCGUCCGACGGUCCCGGCGGGGGCGCCGCCGCCUAAACCGCGCCGGCCCGGCCCGCCUAGCGCCCCUCUGGGGUGACCUGGCCGGCACCCGGGGCCCGCAGGGGGCGGGGCCGCGACGCGGAGUGGGGCCGAAGGGCGCCCCUGUUUUGGAGAAGGGGGUCGAGCGGGAGCGUGGCAGGGGCCGAGAGGCGGGGCCCCUGCGGUGGGGCGGGCCUCCGGGCUGGGGCGGGGCGAGGGGCGGGGCCUCUGGGCGGCCGGCGCGGUCGGCGGUUUUGGGUCGGGUGCCGGGAACUAGCGACUCUGGGGGAGCGGGGCCUGUGGCUCUGGGACCGGACCGCUAGACGGAACCUGUGCGGCGGGCCAGCCUCAACCUUGGGACAGCCUCGGGUUCUAGCCAGAGCCGGCCUUGCUAGCCUGGGACCUGAAAAAGCCAAGGACCCAGGACCCAGGGGGCCUUGGUGGAGACCGAGGCUUGAGAACAGGGCUGCAAGACUGAGUCUCUCUCUGGUGGUGGGGGGCCUCUUUUGGGGGCGAGAGGGAGGGACAGGUCAGCCAAGCGGCGACAGCUCAAGACAGGGCCACGAGGUAGGCUAGGGCCACGAGAUAGGAUGUGUGCAGGGGAUGGCGGCCUCAACCUUGGGGUAGAGUCCCAGCCCCGAGUUGUAGCCAGAGGCGGGGUUGCUGAGGUCCAGGUCCAACUGGACUGUCGUCAUAAAUAGAAAAUAAAAUCGAGAGGGAGAGAGAAACAAUACGCCUUUUCUGUCCUUGACAGUCAUUUUCUUGGAAUGGCCUCAGCAUGGACGUCAUGUCCCCCGCACUUUGUGCCAGUGGGGCUUGGGACAGGACAGUGGAGCAGGGCCAGCACCUUCAGGCUAGGAUAGCAGGACAGGCCCUCAGCUGGGGUAGGGUCCCCAGCCCCAGCUUCUAUGGGGCUCAGAAGGAGGAGGGAGGUCUGGCAGCUCCAAAACCUGAGCUGCCAGGCGGCCUCUGUGCCAAGGGUUGGGGGGUGGGCAGAGGCAGAGGCGAGGCUGGGGAACUUCUGUUUAGACAGUAGGUCCUCAAGCUGGAGGGCAGAUGCUUUUGGGGGUCCCCAGGGGCCUGACUUCUUUGCCCAGGUACUGGAGGACAGAAGACAAUGCUAGCAAGAGCCCCAUGCAUGGUAAGUGGCAACUGGGACUGGGUGGGGGCAUCUGAAGGACCAGUGUGGACUUUUCUUCCUGCCCAUCUUGGGUCUCUAAGAAGAACCUCCAGGAGAUUCUCCUCCUUCUCCCAACACCUGGACGUGUCCAAGGUGUCCAGUGUUUACAGGCAGCUGGAACUGCCCACACAGGAGCCUGUCUCUGAAGGAACUGGGAGGAAGAAGGCUUUCCUAACUGAUAGGAGUUUUUCUCUUCAUGUGUUUGGCAUUUUAUUAGGCACUCCCAGAUCUUUGCUUUCCUAUCAGGGUCUGUCCUUGUUCCCUGUGCCUCCCCCAUACUUCACCUCCUCUCCCCGCCCCCUCCUAGCCACAGACACUGCCUCAGUCCCACACCCCUAACUCCCUAUUGAAGCAGUGAGCUGACAUCCUUGUAGAAACAAAUUAAUUUUCUUCCCUUUUUGGGACAGAUGGAGAGAAACUGACGUCUUUGUCUCAAACCAAAAAAAAAAAAAAAAGAUACCUCUUCUCCCUUUGACAGUCAUUUCCUUGGAACAAAAGCCUUUCUCUUGUCUGGGAGACUGUCACUCCAGCAGGGGCUGAACUAGCUUAGCGUUCAGGAGGUUGAGGGCUUAGGCACCAGGAUGGGUGUUGGGCACAUUAGGGGUAGGGAUACCCUUAGUAGACAAAGCACAGCUCCCCUUUUGGGGUGUGAACCCCAGAAACCCCCAGACCUGGGAAUUUGCUUCCUCCAGGCAAUGGCUUCAGUAGCACUUUGGAAGAUGCAGGGCAGUGCCCAGUGCCCCUGGAGACUUCUGUGUCUGAAUGGGAUGGGGGGUAUAUCAGCAAGGUGGGGGACCCUCCUGGACACUCCUCUUCAUGUGGGACCCCCUGCCUUGGGGAGAUGUCAGAGAUUGGGGACAAUUUAGGGACUGGGGAAGACUUCUGAAGAAGGUGACAUUGGAUCCAGGCCUGUUGAUUCUCUCCGCAAGGACUCUGUCCCCUUCAACUCUCCCUCAAGGCUAUUCUGGAUCUGCACCCUGCCGUCUCCCAUGGCUAUAACAAAUCUGACUGGUUUUUACUAGUUCUCAUACAUAAAUGUGUCCCGGGUCCACAGAGUCUGGGUCCAAACCACAUGCAACUAAGGUAAAACGAAUUUGUACCGAAAUCAACUUGAUGCCAGGCUGUGCACCCCAGGGACUGGGACUUGGAAAUAAGUCAGAUACAGCCCGGCCCUCAGAAAGUUCAUGCCCAGGCUGGGAGACAAGGUGUCAACAGAGCAUCAUCUGCAUGUGAUGUGUGCAAUGACAGGAAGCCCCAGGGAGGGUGUCUUGGGGAAGUGUUUUCUAGCUUUCUACUAAGACACAUUCGUAGAAAUUCUAGAAGAGGUGGAAAAGAGAGGGGCUUAAAGGAUGUGUAGGGGUUGGCCACCAAGAAGAGGGAACAGUGUGUGCAAGAGCAUGGAAAUGUUGAGGUGCUUGGCAAACCCGAAAAAAGCUGUGUGCAUCUGGAGUUUGGGGCUUAACUGAGCAAUUUUGAGUGUCAGGCUCUGCGCUAAGCGCUUCAUGCACAUCGUCCCAUUUGAGCCUCGUGACAGCCCAGGGGAGGUACUGUUACCCUUAUUUUAGACCACAGGCUCAGAGGUCAAGCCACUCACCCCUAAGUCACAGAGCCUGUGGUGGAGCAGGCUCAGGUCAGUAGGCCUUCAGGCUCCGAGUUCCUGGUAAAUUCCAGGGAUCACUGAUACAGAAGAGCCUUAAUUGCUGGAACUCUGGAAUGAGGAUUUUUGAAGACUUAAAACCAGGAAAAAUCUGAAGGAAAAGGGCAAUUUUCCAUGAACUUUUGUUCCUCCUGAAGCUCUCCAAACCUUCACAUUUCAAAACGUACUGUGUGUGACACAUUUUAAAGCUCCAAAUUGACAGUGUAAUUCUAGAUCAUCACAGGGUUCUCAGAACCGUGAAGUAGGUUCUGAUUCCACACACCCCCCACCCAGGUUUCCACUCCUCUCUCUUCAGGAGGUGGAGGCAAGCUUUUGCCUCCAGUUUCAAAAUGUCCUACAAUUACCUGUCUUUUCUUGUGACAGAAGUAGCGGUGAAAGCUGGAGUCAGAUUUGGGUUUCCCUCACUGUGCCUCGGUUUCCUCAUCUGUAGAACGGACUUCCUUCAUGGGCUUGCUGUGAGGACUUAAUGAGUUCAUUUACAGAUAGGGUCCAGAUCAUGGUCAGCUCUCAGCACAUGGCAAAUAGUUGUCAUUAGGAGCUCUGCUGCAGCACGAGGUCAGAACUGGAGACCCAGAGGGAAAGGCAGAUGAACUUUCAGGGACAGCAAUACAGAGAGAAAACCCCGGGGACCCAGCCUGAGGAUCCCCCUGCUUUCUAGGCUCAGGAGUCACAGCACGGAGAGUGAGACGCUGCUGGAGAAGCAGGAGGAGGUUGGGGAGAAUGUGCUGCCAUAGAAACUGGAGGAGGAGGGCGUUCCCAGCGGGGAGGGAGUGAUGGAUAAUGUCAAGUGUCAUAUAAGAGAGGUUGGUGGUGGGGAGGGCAGGAGGGUGAUGAGAAUAAAGCAGAGCCUUCAAGUUCAGUUUCCUACAUGGCUUGGGAAGCCCCAAAUCUGGAUUCAAAUCUCAGCACUGAAGCUAACCAGCUGUGUGACCUAGGCAAGGGAGUUGCCCUCUCUGAGCUUUUCUUUUCUCUUAGAUCUAAGACAAGGGAAUGGGUCAGUCUCUGAGGUUUUGUCUCUGAUAAGUGUCCUGAUUUUGCUGGGUUCUUGGCUGCUUGCUAGCAGUGGGAGCUCAGGCAGAUCAUUUCACCUCCAAGAAUCCCAUCUGAAGGCUAGAGAUAUGGCAAUUGAGGUUCCUACCAAAAUGCCUGGCACCUAGUAGGCCAGUGAAUACAGAAUUAUUCUGUGAUGAUAGUGGGGAGCUAAGGAGACCUGCUUAGCUUGGAAUUUGAAAUGUUCCUCAAGGUGGAGAAAGCCACUACUGUCUGGAGAGAACUUGGAGGAGCCACAGUCCAGGCUAGUCCCCCACUAGACCUCUGCCCAAAGGCCAGCCCAUCUAUUUUCAAUGGCAGAGCCUCAGCUGGCCUCUGGCUGCCUUCUCCCACUGGACCUACUACAGAUCCAGGCUGGGAACCAGCUCAGAGGCUUCAGAGCCCCUAGGAAGUAAUGCCUCCCCCACCCCCAAGGUCAUGGUCCUGGCACUCACACACGAAACACUAUACACAACUUUCUCUUCUCAUUUAUGUAUUUAUAAAUAUAUACUCCUUCGCUUCAUUCCUGGGCACUGAGCACAUAGUGCGGACAGCUCCAGGGAGGGAGCCCAGCUCCGAGCUUACAGAUGCUGGGAGACCAGAGGAGACUGGGGUGAGGAUCUGGCGGCAGGUGGUUGGGGAGUUCAGAAUGGGGCCCUGAGGGGCUGGGGAGAGGCAUCGCUUAUCCUGACCUGGUCAAGCGCUAGAGCUGGGGGUUGCCCAGGUUCCAGUCCCAUCCCUGGCUCUGGCCAUGAACCCCACUAUGAUAAUACUAGUAUGUGAUACACAGCACCUCCCUUUGUUCUAAGCCCUUUACAUGGUAAUUUACUUAAUCUUUGCAGCAUGACUCUGAGGCGGGCACUAUUAUAGUUAUUACCCCUACUUUAUGGAUGAGGAACCGAAGGCUCAGGGGAAUGGCCUGUCCAAGACCACAGAGCAUGUCCAUGGCUGGGCCAGCUAGGAUCACAUCUUAGAUCUGUCAAGUCCACUUACUCUGCUCUUCUCCUUCUGCCUCCCACGAGGAAACUGAUGACACAGAGGGCAUCAGGGAGACUCCUGUGUCCAGCUCAUAGUCCGGGACUGAGCCUUCCCGAUGCUGGGUUCUAUGCCUCAUCAUCUUGGCAUCAGACACCUCCCAAGGAAUCGCUGUGGCCUUAGCAGGGCCCUCUCCCCAUCCACUCCCUCCCUCCCUUGGAAGUCUUGCUUGUUCUAUAAUUUUUUAUCUGCCUGCUAGGACUGUGCUGUAUGACCUUGGGCCAGUCACUUCUCUCUGGGAGCCCCUUUUCUCGGUUGUGGAGGACAACAAUCACAAUAAGUUGUGAAGAUUUACAAAGAGGCUUGUCUGUUUUGGUGUCACAAAUGUUCCCAGCAAAUGGUACUGCGUCUGGCCCACAGUCCUCAUUCAACUGAGCGGAUGAUGAAGUGCCUGGUGCAGAGUAAAUGGCUGAAAUGUGGAGCUUUUAAUGCGAUUGAGCGUUUUAGGUUAUACCUGAUCUGACCCACAUCUCAAUACUGUAGGUGGGUCAGGAGCAAGGACUUUGUUUUGUAACCAUCUCCUUGAGUUUCAGAAGAUGGGACGGUGUUACCCUGGAGAAGGAAUUUUCAAGAGGACAUCUUCUCUGCAAGUACUUUAUACAUAGCUGUCGCCUUUUGUCCUCACCAAGCCUGCCCUUCCUGGCACCGAGAGAGGGGCACAGUUUGGGAGGAAAGAUCCCUGGGUGGCACUGGCCUGGGCCUUCUGGCCAGAACCUUUGGGUCAUGGCGGUGGAGUCCCUUAGUAGGUGGUGAUGCAGGUAACAUCCACCUUCUGGAGCUCACCUUCCAGAAUCUCCUCUUGGAAUAAAUCCCAAGCCAGGAGAUGGAAUAUGGGCUUGACUCUGUCCUUCACUUCGUUGCUGUGUUACUUUGGGCAGGUCUCUGUCCCUCUCUGGGCAGCUGUUCAAUGGAGGGACAGAGGUAGGAGUUGAUGGGUUCCAAGGGCUUUGCCAUCCUGGGAGAGAACAGAGAUCUUUCCCUCAUGUUCCUUGAUCCCAGCAACAGACAUCUCCGGUAAGACGCACUGGGCAUUUGCCCAGAGGCCGAGGAAAGGGUGCCUAGGGGUCUGGUAUUUGUAAUUGGAGCUGCCCUACUUUUGGGGUGAGGGAGGCAAGCAUGUCAAAACAAAGCUUGACUCAAACACCUGAAUUUUUGCCUAUCCCAGGUCCCAUCUUGGUACCAAGGACCAACCUUCUGUUUUCCCAAUAAAGAAAAACACUAUUCUCGG